UUCUUGCUUGAACCCUAGGAUAACCCAGUCAAUGGUGGUAGAUUAGCAGUGCAGGAGUGGCCAUUUGAUAUAAAAUUACCAAAGACAAGCAGUUAAAGUGGAAAUUUCAAAAAACUAGACGUGUUUUGUAACUUUGUUAUGUGACAAAAAGGUAAUCUAUUUUCUGUAAAUUAGUCCCUAACAACAUAUUGCAUAAUGCGCAGCGAGAAAUGAAAACUACCUCUGGCGUUUCGUUAUUUAAGUCACUGGUCUCUCUGAUUCAUUUUGCUCUCUCUCUUUUCUCUCUUCUUUCUCUCUCAUAUGCUGCUCCGCAUGGGGAGUUCUUCGAUCAGCUCAGGUGUUGAAAGAGAUACCUGGUGGAGUGGCUCUGUAAGACUCUGCUUCUUGUUGGAUGAGGAAUAUCGUCGAGCAGUUGGUGCUUGCAAGUGUAUUCAGGGUUACAGACAAUGUUCUUGUUUUCUGUUCCUAGGCACACAUACAAAGUGGCAAACAACUGGCAUCAGGUACCCGAUAACGUGGAGUCUGCUAGUGGCUGUCGAGCCCUUGUCUGGAGAACCAGAUGGGGACAUGGCAUUCCAAAUGGCACAGAAUCUAGUCUGACUCUAGAGGAGCAUUUAGUGACUUCUAGCAGGGCAAUGAACCCUAAUGAUGAACCUCAGGAUGCAGAUUACUCUUACAUUCCUUUGUUUAGUGAUGAAGUAGCACUCUUGAUCAUUGCCAGGAUUCCCAGGUCUGACCAUCCAAAACUUUGUUGCAUAAACACUCGAUAUUUAACUCUGAUAGAAAGUGGGGAAUUGUCCAAGAUACGGAGGGAAAACAGGCAAAUCGAAGCAUCAGUCAUAAUGUUAGCAAGUGGAGAGCACCACUGUUGGGAGUAUUCUCCUCAUUUCGAGAGUUGGAGGAAACUUCCUGUUUUGCCUUGUGAACCAUCAUUCUAUGAUGGAGAUAAGGAAUCUUUUUCUGUUGGUUAUAGUCUUCUGAUUUCUGGUAGGGAGAAUGGUCUGUCCUCUGUAUGGAGAUACGAGUUUCUCACUAACAGCUGGCAUAGAGGUCCAUCCAUGAUUACUUCACGAUGCCUGUUUGCAUCUGCAAAUUGUGGAGAUGUUGCAUAUGUUGCUGGCGGAUUAAUGAAUAAAACAAUCCUGGAUUCUGCUGAACAAUAUGAUCCCGUAGAUAAGUCCUGGAAGCCUCUUCCCAACAUGAGGAGACGAAGGCAGCGAUGUUCUGGGUGUUUCAUGGACAAUAAGUUUUACGUAAUUGGUGGCAUGGACGACGAUAAAAUUCUCACCUGCGGGGAGUUCUAUGAUAGAGAGAAGAGGACAUGGCAUUUGAUUCCUGGCAUGUUCAAUGCCAUGUCUAGUUCUAUUUCUCAGUCUCCCCCAUUCCUUGCAGUUGUUGACAAUGAGUUAUAUGCACUUGAACCCACUUCAAGCCGGCUCAAAGUUUAUUUGAAAAUAAGCAAUUCGUGGAAGGACCUUGGUGUAGUCCCUGUGAGAACAAAUUACACCAGGGGCUGGGGAGUUGCCUUCAAGUCAUUAGGAGACAGGCUUAUUAUCCUUGGUGCAGUCGGGAAUUCUGAGGAUAAUCAGAGUCAAGGAAUAUCGAUUUUUACUUGUCGUCCUGACCCAAAUGCAACAGAUUGCCAAUGGGAUUUUCAUGGGAGGACGGGUAACUCCAUUGGAUCCUUCAUAUUUAUAUGUUCCAUUAUGAUGGCCUAAUUUUAGCAUAACAUAUUCAAGCUUCAGUGGAGCUCUUCACACAGAAGCUUGUACAUGAAGAUUUUCUUUGAAGAUGGAGUGACAACCUAACAUAGGAAGAUCAUGCCAGCAAGAAAACUGAUGUAUCUGUGUCAAACCAUCCUUGGUGUUUUGCUCUGUCCAAAAUCUUGUUAUGUCUACCUUGCUUUGUUAUAUAUUUCUGUAAAAUGUUUGCUAAAGUCCUGCUUGGUUUGUAGUUGCCAUUUAUGGUGCUAAGAUAAUGGAAUAAAUAAACAAUUUUUGCUAGUUAUGGUGCAGUUA